UACUACAUCGUGUAUUUGUUUGAAUUUGUUCUACGAGUCUGCACAGCAAACAGUAGGAUAAAAUUUCAACUUUAUUCCUGUUUACCUGAAUAACUCUUGGGUAAUCCUUACUGAAAUAAGACCCAGAGGUACCUAACGCAAGAAAAAUGACUGAAGUCCAGCUGCAGGAGUUUAAAUUGGACCCCGAUUCUGAGCUGCGAUUUGAAGUUGAAUCCAAGAACGAAAAAGUUGUUUUAGAGAUCAAGAGUGGUUACGCAGAACUGUUUGGUACGGAACUCGUGAAAGGAAACCAGUAUGAGUUCCAUACGGGAGCGAAGGUAGCGGUGUUCACGUGGCAUGGCUGCACGGUGGAGCUGAGGGGCAGGACUGAAGUCAGCUAUGUGGCUAAAGAGACUCCUAUGGUUGUAUACCUCAACGUCCACGCAGCCCUUGAACAACAAAGAGUAUCAGCAGAACAGGAGUCCACCCGAGGUCCCGUCACCAUGGUGGUAGGCCCUGGUGAUGUGGGGAAGAGCACUCUCACGAGGAUCCUGCUAAACUACGCUGUGAGGAUGGGACGGAGGCCUAUUUAUGUGGAUCUGGAUGUUGGACAGGGACAUAUUAGUGUACCUGGGACUAUUGGAGCCCUCCUGGUAGAAAGGCCAGCGUCAAUCGAAGAAGGCUUCAGCCAGCAAGCACCGCUGGUGUACCACUUCGGUCACAACUCCCCCGGGGAGAACCUGGAGCUGUACAACACUAUUGUGUCCCGGCUGGCCGAGGUUAUUGCGGAGAGGUGCGAGAAUAAUAAGAAAGCUUCCACAUCAGGUGUAAUCAUCAAUACCUGCGGGUGGAUCAAGGGCGCGGGGUAUAAGGUGCUCACACACGCUGCACAGGCUUUUGAGGUUGAUGUAAUUUUGGUGCUGGACAACGAGAGGUUAUACAAUGAACUGAAGAGGGAUAUGCCUAAGUUCGUGAAAGUUGUCUACUUACCGAAGAGCGGAGGCGUGGUAGAGAGAUCAUCGACACAGCGAGCGGAGUCGCGUGACGCGCGUAUCCGCGAGUACUUCUACGGCAAGCGAACACCAUAUUACCCGCACUCGUUUGACGUCAAGUUCUCCGACUUGAAGAUAUACAAGGUGGGCGCCCCAUCCCUCCCCGACUCGUGCAUGCCCCUCGGCAUGCGAGCGGAGGACGCGCUCACCAAGCUGGUGAGCGUGUGGCCGUCGCCCGCGCUGCACCACCGCCUGCUCGCCGUGUCCUUCGCUGCGGGGCCUGACGAUGACGUGCUGCACUCUAAUCUAGCUGGAUUUGUGUGUGUGACUGCAGUAGACAUGGAACGCCAGAUGCUGACGAUCCUAUCUCCCCAGCCCCGUCCCCUCCCCAACACCGUACUGCUACUCUCCGAGCUACAGUACAUGGACAAUCACUAGUCCGUGCUCUUUGGCCCUCGGCUGCGUCACGCAUUUAGUAACAUCUCGCUGUCUCAUUAAGCGAGAUAUUGUAAUGUGCUCGUUUUCAGUUGUUUUACGAUGAGGAAAAGUCGAUGAAAAUGUAUCGAUGUUUCCGUGGGACGUCACUGUGGGGAUAAAAAUAUCGAUAAUGUUGUUGUACAUCACUAUGGAUUUUUAGUGUCGAUUAUUUGGCAUAUUCCAUAUUAUUUUUGUAAAAUGGUAUUCAUCUUGUGGUAUUUUGAUUAUUCUCCAAUUCAAUUUGUUGAUUUCCGAAACUAACGCGAAUUAAUAGACAUUUAAAUAAAACUGCUUUUACUGAUCUUAUCGCGGUUAUAGUAUGACAUGAAUGGUUUAUUUAUAGAAAAACGCCAAAAGAUUUUGUUUCUCCAGUUUUUUGAUGAUUUUGUUAACUUGAAAGUCUUCAUCGUAAAAUAAUAAAGAGCACAUGAUCAAUACUGUUACGAUUCGUUACGCAGCUGGGAGUCAAACCCGUGUCGUGAAGUGUGAUAUCGAACCAACGCGUUGCAACGAUCCGUUUGGAUCUCAAAAAUGACUGUACAUAUAUUUAAUUAGACUUAAAAAUAAAUAGUUUAAGAUGUCAUUACAAUAAAAAAUGUGUAUGGAAAUCUUUGUAGUUUAUUUGUUUAAAAAAAUGCUGUGAAUAUGUUCUAUAUCCUUUUGUCUAUAGCUACCUAUAGUACAUAUUUAUUCGUAAAUAAGGUUAGGUUAGAAGUUGACUAAUCACAGUAUAGGCAUGAUGAAUGAAAGAAAGACAUUAUGAAAUGCGCAUUCAAUAUGUUUUGGUACACUAAAAGAAGGACUAUUUUUUAAUCCUGUCGUCAUACCUAUUUCAGAAAUAAGGUUAGUUUGUCUGGGAGUUACCCAAAAUAUUCACAGUAUUAUAACCGCAAAAUGAUCCAAAUAAAAACACUUAACUUU